AUGGACCAGAGUAAUUAUGUGACAAGGGUAGUCAUACCCAUGAUUUCUGAUCAUGACGCCAUCCUAAUGGAUGUAACACCUCAAUCUGUGACUAGUACCCCGCCUCAUGCGUGGAUGAAAAAUUAUAAGUGCGACAUACGCACUGGCUUGAAUGACCCCUUACGGAUUCUUCGCUUUAAGACUGCUCUAAAUGAAAUUGCCUGGGAUGACAUAAUAGCUAGUAGACCACAGGGUGAGAGUUGUUUCGAUUCCUUUUUUAGCCACCUUCAGGAAGCCCUGGAUACAGUGUUCCCAGUAAAGGAGAAGCGAGCAGCAACCCUGAGUAAGGCGGGUAGGCCUAAACCAAAGAAAAGCGUAGGACCUCGCAUAUCCGAUUGGUACACUCCAACUCUUAGUAGACUCAAGGAGUUCAUGCUGAUGCUACGUGCCAGGGGAGACGAGGCUAGGUAUCUGUUAGCUAAGAAGCUGUAUAAUAAAAGGGUUGAAGAGGCGAAAAGAGCAGGUAAUGUCAAAUUCAUCGAAAAUUCCAACAACCAAUGUAAAGCUGCCUGGGAUGUCAUAAACUCAGUCAAGCCGCCCACACCAGGAAUGCGCUGUGCUGCAAGUCCCGAUGAAUUUAACAACUUCUUUAUUUCAUCAGUCUCAGACAUAGUUACCAGUAUCCCUGAUGCUCCCUCUGACCCUUUGGACAUUUUGAAAGAUCGGAUGCCGGAGUUUCAGCCCGACCUUAGUAAGACCGUAUGGACUAAAGUAAAUGAAGAAAAGGUCCGGAAGAUUAUAAGUGGGCUUAAGAGCACCGUGAGCCGCGAUUACUAUGGGUGGUCUACCAAGUUCCUUAAGGAAGUAGCGGAUGUCAUCAUUGCACCCCUCACCCUAGCUAUAAAUGACAGCCUGCAGCAGGGUUUUUUUCCGGCACUCAUGAAGAUCGCACGGACAGUGCCUAUAUACAAAAAGGGAGACCCCAACAUUCUGGCUAGCUAUAGGCCUAUCUCUUUGGUACCUGUCCUCGGCAAGGUUCUCGAGAUAGUAAUAAAGGAACAAACCUGCAAUUACUUUGAGUCAAACAACCUUUUUAGUGACUCGCAGCACGGUUUUCGGAGGGGCAGGUCUACUACUGGAGCAGUUUCAGUCAUUGCUGAUGAAAUCGCAAACGCUUUUGAAGACAGCGAGUCAGUAUCUCUACACUGUGUGAUCUGA